UUUGGAAAGCUUGACAUAUUGGUCAAUAAUGCAGGAGUUAUUGGAUCUUUAUUCCUCACUGAUGACAAAGAGAAGUUGGCAAUUGGGCCUGAGGAUCUUAUAGGUCCCAAUUGUAUCAAGAAUGAAUAUGUAAAGCAAACCUAUGAGACAGCAGGGGAUUGCUUCAAAACAAACUACUAUGGAAUUAAGCAGCUCACAAAAGCACUUAUUCCACUUCUUAAAAAAUCCAACUCGGCAAGGGUAGUCAAUGUCUCCUCUGCAUUGGGACAACUAAGGGUUAUUCCAAAUGUGGAAGCCAAGAAGGAGCUAGGAGACGGUGAUAGCCUCACAGAAGAGAAAGUGGACAACUUAGUUGAGGGAUUUUUGGAGGAUGUGAAGCACAAUUUGAUUGAAGCCAAAAGCUGGCCUAUUAAUCUAUCUGCCUACAUUGUAUCCAAAGCAGCUCUGAAUGCUUAUACCAGAGUCUUGGCUAAAAAGUAUCCUAGCAUUGCCAUUAACGCAGUCUGUCCUGGUUUUACCGCCACAGACAUGAACAAUUAUACCGGUAUCCUCACAGCUGAAGAAGCUGCUAAAGGUCCGGUGAAGGCGGCUUUGUUGCCGGAUAUUAGAGUUUCUGGCCGCUACUUUGAACAGACUGAAUUGUCAACCUUUGAAUGAAAAUUUGUGAUGUAAAAUGACAUAAUUGUUUGCUUUUAAUAUACCUAUGCACAUGUGACAUGUACGUAUGCAUGCACAAUGUGUUUUGAACAAUAAAUUUUAGUUUUAAUAAAGGUUUCAAUUUCCA